CCAUCCCAAACAGCCCCACCUUUCCCCCCACCGGGAGCUGAGUGACGUCUCCAGGGCUGCAGCUCUCUGAUUGGACCACGCCUUUACUUGCACACUGGGUGCCAGUCUGACUUCUCUCCCUGCCUCCGAGCCGAAGCUCCCAGGUGGGCAGGACUGAAGAGCUUAAUGCUGGGGCAGCUGGGUGUUUGGGAGAUUGCAUUUUGGACUGAGAGUGACCUUCUUACCCUUGGAUAGGGACCCUUCGGGGAGCAGUACCAGGGAAGGGUUGGCUGGGAGCUGAUAUUGUCCGGGCAUGUUAGUUUCACUUCUGUUUCCCAGGCCCUGCUUCCUGGCUGCAGAUAGAGAAGCCACUUCCUGACUGUCUCCAUGUAAUGACCUAGCACUUUCUCCAGGGUCCCAUCUAAGGGGGGGGUGGCAUGGAGGGGACAGGGAGAGACCAUCUGCUGGAAACCUUGGAUGAUCUGAGGAAGGAUGAUCUCAAGAGGUUCAAGCACAAGCUGCGAGUGAUCCAGAUGGAGGAGGGAUACCAAGCCAUCCCCUGGGGUCGGCUGGAGAAGGGGGAUCCCGUGGAUGUUACCGACCUGCUGAUCAGUCACUGCGGGGAGCGCUACGGAGUGGAGGUGGCUGUGAAGGUGCUGAGAGACAUCAGGCAGAGACAGCUGGCGGAGAGACUCAGCAGAGCUGGGUCUAUAAAUGCAGGGCGGGAAUCAGAGACUAAGAGCGACUCAGAGCCAGGGAGGAAAGAUGGUUCAAAUCGGUGUGAGGAAUCAGCCAUUGGGCAAGACCCAGAGACAGAACUUUCCCAAGAAAGAAGAGCAUUUCAUGACAUCCUGUCCAAGCUAAACCUGGAGCAGCACAGAAGCAGGAAGCUCAGGCUGAGCAAUCUCCAGGAAAUCAGUGCAGACAGUAUAGAGAUCUGGGCUCCUCACACAUUAGGAGAUUUACCAUGGCAUUUCCUGAGGAAGGUCAUGGCUCUGAGUGGAAUGGCCAGAAACACAAGUCUUGGGCAUCAGGCACCAGAUGAAGGAAUCAGUGAGGAUGAGGAGGAGCUGGAGAGUGGGGACAAUAUUUUCCAACAUAGUGGCCCUGGCACUACUGAUUCUCUGCACCCCCUCGAUGUUCUCUGUGCCGUUCUGCUUUCCUCAGACAGUUUCCUACAGCAGGAGAUCCUGUCCAAAAUGUCCAUGUGCCAGUUUGCCCUCCCUCUGCUGCUACCCGCCCUCGACACCCCCAAGUGCACCCUACUGCUGUGGGCCAUGAGGGACAUUGUGAGGAAGUGGAGGCCGCACUCCCUGGCAGAGAGCAGAGGGUUCAGAGAGGAGAGCCUGGUGCUCACGUCAAUGCCAACCAUUUCCUUUGUGCGGCUGGGGAGCUGCAGCUUCUCCAAGUCCAAACUCCUCAAUGAGGUUCUCAGCCCCUCCCAGCAGCACCACGAUUUCUUUAUCCACCGGGACAUGGAGUCUGGGAAUGUUCCUCGGGAAAUCGCAGAUGGGCUGGUUGAGAUUUCCUGGUAUUUCCCUGGUGGGAAGGAGAAUUCAGAUCUUUUCCCAGAGCCCGUUGCAGUUGCAAACCUGCGCGGAGACAUUGAGUCACACCAGCUGCAGUUCAGCUUUUUAACAGAGAUCUCGUCAGCAGUGUUCAUAGUUACUGAGAGCAUCAACAAGAGACAAUGCACGCUUUUAUCAUCUCUGCAGGGAUCAGCCACUAAAUACUACUUCAUCCUCAGUGCCCUGGCGGACAAACACAGUGAAUCACUUGAAGAACUUGCGAAGUUGGCUCCUGUCUUAAAACUGGAUAAAUCCCAUGUGCUGGAGAAUGUGAACACCAGAACUAGUGUGCAGCUUGUAAAGAAGCUUCAGUCCACCAUAGGCAUCAUAAUGAUGUCUGCUAACAAGAGUAUCAGUAUUGCAGCCAUGGCUGUGACAGCACGUAAACUAGGAAUCCAGGUAGAUGAAGAUUAUGAACAAUGUCAGAGCACAAGCAAUUGGGCUAAAGAAAUCACUUCAGAAAUACAAGAUGUGGCAAAGUACAAGAAGGAAAUGCUGAGACUGCAAGGGGACAUUUGGAAAAAGUGGGUUAAAUUAGAAAAGGAACUGUGCAGGAUGAAUAGGGAGGCAUCCAUAGAGACACAGGAAUCUCAUCUGAGGGAGAAAGUGUUAGAGUUACGAUCAAAAUUGAAUCAAUGUGAUAUCAGUGUUGGUACCAUGAAAUUUAUUACUGGAAUAGAAAAACUUUCUAAAGUGGAAGUCCAUAGCUUCCUAAAAUGGAUGAGAUUUAAUCUGGAGAACGUUAGUAGGGGGAAUAAAAAACUCUCUCUAAUGGAAAAUAAAUAUAAAGAAGAAUAUAAAACUGGAAGCAAUGACCCUAAAAGUUUAUCAGAACUAGAUGAAUUAUUCUCUGCCAGCUCCUUACGGGUGGAGCAUUUCAUGCGUGAGUUGGGGCAGUUUUAUGAGACAGAAUGCACAAAGGUCAAAGAAGGAAUAAAAGCAAAUUGGCAAAGGCGAUUCAUCCAUCUCCCGGAUAUAGCUGCUGACCUGAUGGUGGAAGGGUUUCCUGUGGAACUGAUAGAUGGAGAUUCAUCCAACAUCCCACUGCAGUGGGUGACAGAUGUUCUGACUCAGCUCCAUACCAAGCUGGGGGGAAGGUCCAGAAUGCUGGUUCUAACGGUGCUGGGAGUGCAGAGCACUGGGAAAUCCACCCUCCUCAACACCAUGUUCGGCCUGCAGUUUGCAGUGAGCAGUGGCCGAUGUACGCGAGGAGCCUUCAUGUCAUUUGUUAAAGUGGCAGAGAACUUUCAGCAGGAGCUGGGCUGUGAUUUCAUCCUGGUGAUAGACACAGAAGGCUUGAAAGCCCCUGAAAUGCCCACACUGGAGGACAGCUAUGAACAUGACAAUGAGCUGGCCACACUGGUGAUUGGACUGAGUGAUAUAACGAUUGUUAACAUGGCCAUGUCGAAUGCCACUGAAAUGCAAGAUAUUCUGCAAAUUGUGGUCCACACAUUUCUCAGAAUGAGGGAAGUCAGGCACAAACCUUACUGCCAAUUUGUGCAUCAGAACAUCAAAGAUGUGUCUGCACAUGAACAAAACACUAGGGAUAUGAACCAUCUCCUGGAACAGCUAAAUGAAAUUACCAAAGCUGUAGGAAGGAUGGAAAAACAAUGCAGGGAAAUUAAAAUUUCUGACAUGAUGGACUAUGAUCCACAGAAAUACAACUGGUACAUCCCUAGGCUAUGGCAUGGAGUCCCCCCCAUGGCACCAGUGAAUAUAGGAUACAGUGAGAGUGUAUGUGAACUAAAGAAGUAUUUGUUUAAACGUAUAAGGAACUCUUCCCUGAGCAGCCCCCCUAAGGACAUUCCCCACUUUAUUGAAUGGGUUAGGAGCCUGUGGAAUGCAGUGAAACAUGAGAGCUUCAGCUUCAGCUUUAAAAAGAGCCUCGUUGCUGAGGCCUAUAACCAAAUGUCUGUGAAGUUUGAAGAGUGGGAAUUGAAACUCCGUGAGCUGAUGGCGUUCUGGGUAACUUCAAUGGCAAAUAUUAUUCAAAGUCAGACACCAGAUAAAGUGGAUUUUGGUAUCUUACAAUGUAAUGUUCAGGACCAUCUUGUAUUUGCUGAACAGAAUAUUUUGGAUUGUUUAGGAAAAUAUUUUGACAUUGGAGAGGAGCACCUGAUGGAAAAAUACAAAGAAGACUUUAUCAGGCGCACAAGCAGCCUCAAGCAGGAACUUGAACGUUAUGCAAUAAACAAGUUGGAGGAAUCCAUUUAUAUUAGAAAAUACUGGCUCAAGGUAGGAUUUCUAAAGGAGGAGUACAUGAAAACCAUUGAAGAGAAUCUAGACAGACUCUGGAGAGACUGCAGGAGAAGACAACAGAAAUUAGACAAUAGGGAACUGGAGAGUCAAUUUGAAAUAAUGUGGAGAAAAAUGUUAUCAGAGUUACCGUUUGCAUUUUCACAGGAAUGCGCCAUAACUCAGGAGAUGAUGUUCCAACUCACAAAAGACCUGAGUAAUCGAGCAGCUGUUGAUAUUUUGACAUCCGUAUCCAUGAAAACCUUGUUGAAUUGUGAAACCAAGUCAUUCCCAAUGAAACAGCAGUACUUAGACGUGCCAUGUUUUAAAGCUCUGAUUCCAUGGUUUACACAGGAAUGCUAUCAUAGACUAGAAGCACUGGCUAAAUCCUUAAUGGCCAAGUGCAUUAGUUACACCGAAGCAAAAGUAAGGUCCAAAGCAGGCUACGAUGAAACCUGCUUCAGAGAACUGCUCAACAUGGUCAACGAGUGGCUCCAAGAGGAGGAUGUUCGGAAACUUCCCACUACCCUUUCCUUUGAAACUGACCUAAAAUUUCACAUUUUGUGGAAGGCAGCUUAUGCAUUUCAGAAGAUGAAUAAAGAUUUUAUCAAAGGAAAUGAUCCUCAGCAACAUGUGGAACAGCUGAAACCUCAGUAUCUCUCCAUAUUUAAAUAUCUUUAUUUGGAGAAGGAUUCCUGUGAAAACAGGGUCCAGGAUUUCUGUGAUCGGUGUCUGAAACCUGCCCUGAAAGAUUAUGUUAAUAACAGACUUGGAAUGGAAAUAGCGGAUGACUUUCUCAGCAGGGGGAAGUCCACUGAAUACAGCAGCCGGAGUGUCUUCCACUUCACUGUGCAGAAGAAGCUGCUGGAGGAGAUGAACUUUGACAACUAUGUAGAAUACAUUAAUAACUAUGAAAAAUUUGUGAAAUCCUGGAUGUGGAGAUGUCUGUUAGAUAACUACUACCAGUCGGAGGGUUUGCAAGAUUUGGAGAAAGAGAUUCUGUCCACAAUAAUAAAGAAAAUCAGGGAUGCACUGGAAAUGACGAAAGAUAAAAAGACUAGAACAGUCUGUGCAUUUUUAUUCCAUUUUUGUGAGAUGAUACAGAAGGACCUAGUCAUCCCCAGUUACAGUUUAGUGGGCGUAUGGGCUCUCAAUACAACAGACACCGAGAGUUUCUUUGCUUGUAUUCAGUCCUUCCUUCCUGAUCUAGAACAGCAAAUCUUAGCUGAAUUUCAAGAUUUGGAAGUUGAGUCUAAAUUCUCCAGUCUGUCAGUGAAGCCCCAGGAUGAAAUCUUUAAGCGAGUGUUUGGCUGUGGGAAGCAGUGCCCAUUCUGUAAAGUCCCUUGUGAGGCAGACGGCCGUCAUCACAGGGAGCAUUUUGCAUCAGUGCAUCGGCCUCAAAGUCUACAGAGAUUCGGGAAUAGCCAUGCUAAAAAGCUUCAUUAUUCUUUAUGCUCCACUGAUGUGCUUUACAAUGACAAAUUCCAAAAUUCAGACACUGAAUGGAAACCUCAUCCUUACAAAGAUUAUCGUGACUGUUACCCAGAUUGGUACAUCCAGCCAGAUCCCAGCAUCGUGGCUUCUGAUUACUGGAAGUUUGUUUUCAAGGAAUUCAAUCACCAGUUUGCUAGAGAAUAUGAUGCUCUGCCUGCUGAUCUCCCAGAGGAUUGGGGAAAAAUAACCGAAGAGCAGGCACUGGAGAGCAUUAAAAAAAGUGUUUAUGAUGAAAUAGCCCAAUUGGUGAGGAAGUCUGUAUAAGUGAGUUCUAUUUAUGUGAGUUAUAUUUUGACAGAACCAUGAAGAAUAAUUCCUUUUUUCCUUUUUUUUAAAGGAAGCAAAUAGAGCAUGUGAUGUAAAAUAUGUAAUUCUU